UGAAGGUUUCUCAUUCACACAGGAACACCGAUAAGCUUCAGCACUUCCUGCUCCUGCAGCUCCGCAAACUUACCAGAGGGAUGAAAGCUCAAUGAUGGAGAUGAACUUGUCUCUGAUGGACCUUGAGGCUGAUGUGGAGAACUGUACAUACCAGGUAGCGUGGGAUUGGAUCUCAUCUCUCCAGCCUUGGUGGCUUUCAGUAAUCAGCAUCUCGGGGCUCCUGGGUAAUGGUUUGGUCCUGAUGGUCUUCUGCCUGCAGAGGAACUCAUGCUCUGUGGCUGACGUGUACCUGGGGAACCUGGCGAUGGCCAACCUGCUCAUGGUGCUGUGUCUUCCCUUUUGGGCCGUGACCAUCGCUCAGGAUUACGAGUGGAGCUUCGGGCAGAUGCUCUGCAAGCUAAUCAACACGGCUAUCUCCAUGAACUACUUUUGCAGCAUCCUCUUCCUGGUUCUGGUUAGCAUGGAUCGCUAUUUGGCGCUUGCUAGAACAAUGAGUCGUAGCAGGCUGAGGCGUUCGUCCUGGGCCAAGCGGAUCUGUUUGGGUAUAUGGAUUUUCGGAUUCCUGGUAAGCGUUCCAUCAUUACUCUUCCGUGGCGUACGCUACCUCCCAGACCUCGACAUCCAUGCUUGCUACUUGAUGUACCCUCACCCGGGCUGGAGGGUCCAGAGAAACCUGAGCAGCAACAUGCUUGGAUAUGCGAUACCGUUACCUAUCAUUGCGUUCUGCACUUAUCACACGGUUAAAGCUCUUAAAAACAGUGAUCUGAGGUUCAUCCCCGGAGUCCGGACAGAAAAACGAGCCACUCGUCUGGUACUAACGGUUCUGGCUGUGUUCCUUUUCUGCUGGACGCCGCACCAGGUGGUACGUCUGCUGGACACACUGGAUUAUUAUCAGCUCACCCCCCGAGGAUGUUUAUUUGGACAUGUAUUAGACAUUAGCGAGCAGUGUUCCACCUACCUAGCAUACGCUGACAGUGCAAUUAACCCGUUCCUGUACGCAGUCGUCGGGAAACACUUCAGGAAACGAGCUAAAUGUGUGUUUAAACAGAUUAUAGCUCCUGGGUGGAAGGACAGCACUCCGAAUGGCACACUUGCUAGCAGGUGCAGCGACAGCCGUAAAGUCUCAAUCAUAAUUGAUAAGAGAAUCGUAGCAUUGUUACACCACAUCACACCAGCACAGCUUACAGAUCUACAGAUGCUGCAAGGACUGUGAAGGUUCUUUCUCAGUAUUAUUUCCAAAGGAUUGAUGCUUUAACAGCAUUAUUCAUGCUCCAACUUGAGCUAACACUAUGCAGUCGUUACAGAAAUGCUAAUAAUUUAGCUCAGAUACAGAGACUGACUAUUUCACAUGAUGUACAAGCAGACCUCUGGCAUGUGGAACAUGUGAGUCAUGUUUGUGUAGCGCUCAGGAUCAUGUCCAUAAACCAGACGUUUAUUUCUGAAACUAAAUCUCCUGAAGAGACACAAGAGAAAAGCUUUCACCUUAUCGUUAGGAGAUAUCAAAUUCGAAAUCCCAUGAUGCCUCAGUCAGCUGUGGAGUCUAGCAAAAUUGUCUGUUCUCUGUGUAGGUGGAGCAAAUUCUCAGUGUCCAGCCCCUCAGGCUGUGGACUCAUGAAAUGGACAGAUAGCGAUAGUGGCUUAGCUAGCAAACAUAAAAUGGAUUUUGUGAGCUAACAUAAAUAUUAGCAUUAGAUUUUCUCUUCUUCUUAAAUCACUCUGAUGUUCAGUGAUGUAUAUGAAUCAGUGUCUAACAGGAAGUAAGUGUUUAAUGUGUUUAUUUAUUGAGUCUGUGAAUAAUAAUGAAGAAUAAUUUAUCAUUAAUGCUGUAAUUAAGACUUCAGCAGAGUGUUGUGGAUUUGUGAAUUGAGACAGUAAUAAAAAUGUUUUGCGAUUUGAAUAAAGCUGCUGUAUAUCGCUAACCUGUGAAGGAAAUAUA